GUAAGACUUUGUCUGAUCAUAAACAACAAAUCGACAACAAAGUGCGACGCUACGGCUCAGAAAGUUUAGUUAAAAUUGUGUUUAAAGCGCAAUCUAGUGGAAGAACUAUAGUAGAAAUCGAUCCUCAAACCUUGCGCCACGAAUAGAGAGUGGAGACGAAGUCGAAAACGAGUGAUAUUGGCCGUUUUCCAUCAGUUUUCUCCGACACUGACAGACUCGAUGGACUGACAAAAAUAGAGUGCAACUCAUCCAGACCAUACCGUAACGCAUGAGAAUGAGCUUAUGAAGUAGGCGUAGCAGGAUAGCAGCGUGUGCCUUAGAAGAAAGAAACGCAACAAGUUUGAAACGGAUGGUGGGUAACAGCUCCUACAUCACCGAAGCCAUCCCCUGCACCACCAGUGCAACUAAUGUUAGCAGCAGCACCAGCAGCAGCAGCAGCAGUAGCAGAAGCAGCAGCACCGGCUCCAGCAUCAUCGGAACUAUCAGCAGUGUCGGUAGUAACAUUGCCUUCUUCGGUUGCAAAUCAGUAAUCGAUGCUGAUAUAUCGACCAUCGUUGGCCCAUUAGCAUCGAUAGUCGGUAGAAAUAAUGUGGUGAACCGAACGAACUGCACACACCUACGGCAGUACCAACAACAAGAUCAGCAACCUUGCACUUCCGGUAUCGGUGCCGAGGGCCUCAGUCCAGUCGCUGGGAACGGAUUUUCUCCGGUGGUUUCGUCGGUGGUGACCAACCGAUCGAUAUCGCUUCCGAACCACCAACCGGACACCGGAAACGGAAUGAUCAACCAUAGCUCUUUGAUCCUCGCUACAAAUUCACAUCAGCAGCAGCAGCAGCUAGCAAGCAUCAAGUCUAGUGCCGCUUCCCCCCUGGGCGGAGGGAUGUUUGGAAAGAAGACGAUCGAAGCCAACAGCAGAAGCAGCUGCAGCAGCAAUGCUAGCCCUGUAACAAAUGCUAUCGCUAAUCCUAACACCAAUAGCACCACAACCACCACCACCACCACUUCUGCCUGCAAUCUGGUAGGAAGCGCCGUCUCUACCCCCACCGACACCGUUCCCACAGCCGGCGCUACGGAACUUCCACUGGAUACCAAAGAAACAAUCGUAGAGGAAGAGCAGGAGGAAGAGCCGGAGAUCGAUAUCGUGAUCAACAAUGUCGUCUGCUCGUUCAGCGUACGCUGUCAUCUGAAUCUGCGCGAAAUCGCCCUUAACGGCUACAAUGUGGAGUUUCGACGAGAGAACGGCAUGGUGACAAUGAAGUUGCGGCGCCCAUACACGACCGCCUCGAUUUGGUCGUCCGGUAAAAUUACCUGUACCGGUGCUACGUCGGAAGCACAGGCCAAAACAGCGGCACGACGCUACUCACGUUGCCUUCAGAAGUUAGGAUUUAACGUUAGGUUUAAGAACUUCCGUAUUGUUAAUGUACUCGGCACCUGCAGCAUGCCGUGGGGAAUAAUGAUCGUAAACUUUUCGGAGAAGUACAAGAAGGACGCCAGCUACGAGCCAGAGCUGCAUCCCGGCGUGACCUACAAGCUGCACUCGCCGAAAGCUACGCUGAAAAUAUUCUCAACAGGAAGCAUUACUGUAACCGCGGCAAGCGUGGCCUAUGUGCAGCAGGCGAUUGAGCAUAUAUUUCCACUGGUGUACGAGUUUCGCAAGAAGCGCAGCCCGCUGGAAAAGCUCGAAUUGAUGAAACAACCGGCCUUCGACCCGCACGACGUUAACCAUCUGAUAGAGGAGGACUGCGAUACGGCGAUGGUGGAGGCCGACGAUGGCGUCACUUGCUGGAACGGAACAUCGAGCGCAGGGGCGGGGCGUCCAGCGGACGAGCAGGACGAAGAGGACCCGGAGGCGUUUGGCGAUGACGAGGACGUAUGUAAUCGUAACAACACCAAAGCAAUACACAAAAUGAAUAGUAUUAGGCAAAAUGGUAAGAAACGCGGUGUGCGCCAGUAUCGUCCGUUCGGUCGGGUUAGGAAUGAUGGAGAUAGCAUGUCCGACGAUGAUCUGUGCGUCAGCGACUUCGAAUAGGGAGACUGGGGCGAUCAGCUGUGCCCAGAAGGGGGGAGCUACCGCGGAUGGCGAUCGAUGGCGAGCGAGGGUAAGCUCCCCCCUCAUCUGCACAAUUGUGUCCACUCCCACCCACUCACGCUCACACAGCUUUCGUCAUUCGUGCAGACAGGCAUCGCACCCGUAGUCAUUUGAAUCCUACCUGCUGGAGUAGACAGAAACACUGGACUCCGGUGGUGAUUAAGCGCCAUCUGCAACGAUGACGCACAUUGCUAUCAAACCUUAGAGCCUAUGGAAGUGCUGCUGCUGAUAGAACAACAAGAAGAAAACAAAGCUGAAAAAAAUCAACAUUGGCACCAUUGUCCGAUCGUGUCCUCCAGGAGGAUAAAUCAUCGGAAUGGUCAAAAAAGGGACAUGAGCCGAGAGACCGAGAAUAGGAACGAAGCAGCGGCGGUUAUUAGGUCGUCAAGUAGGGAUGUAAUAGUUACUCAAUAUAAAUUAGGUUUGACUAGCUUCUCAUUUUACCAUGGCAUUACAUUUUCAUCCUUUGUUGGAAGGCACGUACACCCUCCACUAUCACAAAAGGCUCUGAAAAGAAUGGUUUACUUUGUCCUAGACUGACUUCAUUGGUAAAAAAAAACCAGAACAUAAUGAUUGGCGAAAUUAUAGGAUCGUUUUUUUUAAGUACAUCGCAUAAGUUGUCAAAAUAGCAAACAAGUACACGUAAAUGAUUGAAAUACAUCGUGCAACUCAUCCAGCUGAAUAAGAAAAGUGAAAGUGCGUGAUAAUGCACCGCACGAACCUUAACGAAACUAUAAGCAACACGUGUUUGAUACUCUACCUAGCCUUGCUUGUUCUGAUCUAACCCCGAUUGGUCGAGACCCGCAACACGAAGCGAGAACGGCGCAAUAUUCAUCUAAAGAAGCUAAGCCUAUUUUGAUCUGAUAGAUGGAUUGCAUGGCAGACGUUGAUGAAUAAUAAACUUGAUUAAGUGUAAUUUUUUAAUAAUCUUAUGCCACUCAAGUUUUCUGGUUUUUGUUUGUUCAUCGUACUUGACGACCUAAUGCGCGGGCGUCCCAAGCGGGGGUGCAUUACGAUACCAGCGAAAUCUAGAUCAGCAAUAGUCUGUAGAAAGUGCAUGAAACGUAAAAUCUGAAACAACAUAUAUGUAUGAGUGCAGUUGCAGUUUCAUUACCCUACGUAUCAAUCUGUUUCGAAUGGCAUCAUACAUUUCUAUAUUACUCAUCUUCGUAUGUUGUUUCAAAACACUUUUAUUUAAAUAAGCAGU